CCUUCUCGGUUUCUUCCUACAGUAGGCCUACUACUAGAUAAAAGUAGCAUAGACAUACUUUGUUGUAUGUGUCUGAUAUCGUCCACUUGAGAUCAGUAUCUAAGUUUAACUUAGAGACUUGCCAUAGUUUGUCUACAUCACUCUUAUACAGCUAAUGAUUCUUCUCCUUGUUCAGUGUUUUACCAGGAGGAUUGUGAGGUGUUCACCAGUGAUUGUUAAAACCAGAGCUAGGGAUCAGAGAUGACAGCAUGGCUGAUGAGGAAAAACCUGCCAUAGCGCCACCUGUGUUUGUAUUUCAGAAAGAUAAAGCUCAGAAGAGGUCUCUGGAUGGGUCCAGUGCUGAAGAUGGAGAGGAUUCGGAUAAAGAGGACAGUUAUAGCCCUCCUGUCAAGAGGGAGAGGACUUCGUCAUUAACACAUUUCCCACCUUCCAACUCCGUUUCCAAGAAUAAUGUGUUCAUGCCAUCCAGUUUCUGCCAGUCUCCGACUGGAAAUUCGGAUUCAGAACCAGAGGAGAAGACGGUUGGCUUUCGCUUGAAACCCCCAACGCUGAUCCAUGGCCAAGCCCCAAGUGCAGGCGUCCCCAGUCAGAAGCCCAAAGAGCAGCACCGGAGUGUCCUCCGCCCAGCCAUGCUCCAGGCACCUCCACCCAAGGCCUUCAGCCAGUGCAACUCAAAGGGCAGCACCAACGGAGUGAACCAGCAGUCCGAGGGGCCGUCAGAUGCUCAGAACAGCACCGAGCACUCCAAGGACAGCAAGGAGGACGCGGCCAGGUCACCGGCAAGUGACAAAGCAGAGGAUGGUGCCAAGGCUCGGGGGGAGAAGACUGUGGGAAAGGGGGCCCCGCUGGAAGCCACGUUUGUCUUCGGGCAAAACGUCCGAGACCGAGCCAAGGUGGAGAAAAGCUGUGAAUCCUCGAAAAGCAAAGACACAGGGUCGCCAUUGACCGAGUCAGAGGAGACCAACUACUUUCUACAGUAUAUCAGCACCACGGGCUCCAGCCAGGCUGCCAACAAUGCCGACUCCAGUGCGAAGUUUGUGUUUGGACAGAACAUGUCUGAUCGUGUCCUGAGUCCCCCUAAAGGCGGUGAGCCAGUAGUGGAGGGCAGUAAAGACCCUCCAUCAUCUGCUCCAGUCUCUGAACCAGCUAGCUCCUCAAAGGAAAACACCCCAGAAAAGGAUGCCGGCGCCGGCGGCAGCGGAGGCGAGUCGUUGGAGCAGUCUGCUGCUGCCUACACCAAAGCCACGGCCAAGAGGUGCCUGCUGGAGAAGGUGGAGGUUCGCACCGGGGAGGAGUCAGAGAGCAACGUGCUGCAGAUACAGUGCAAGCUUUUCGUGUUUGACAAGACGGCCCAGUCCUGGAUCGAGAGAGGACGAGGGCUACUCCGACUGAAUGACAUGGCGUCAACAGAGGAUGGAACACUGCAGUCAAGAUUGGUGAUGAGGACCCAGGGCAGUUUGCGGCUGAUCCUCAACACCAAGCUGUGGGCUCAGAUGCAGGUGGACAAGGCCAGUGAGAAGAGCAUCCGCAUCACGGCCAUGGACACUGAGGACCAGGGGGUCAAGGUCUUUCUCAUAUCGGCCAGCUCUAAGGACACGGGGCAGUUGUUCGCUGCUCUCCACCACCGCAUCCUGGCGCUCCGGAGCCGCGCGGACCAGGAGCCUGAGGUCAAGGAGCCGCUGCCCGACAUCACGCACUCCCACGAGGAGGACAGCGACGAGGAGGACCAGCACACCUCCAGCUCGGCCACGGCUGCCGCCUCGGCCUCUGCGUCCGCCUCCACGCCAGCGCCUGCCAGUGGUGAGGCUGAAGAAGGAGAAACUCAGUCCACAGAGAGCACAUAACCUCAGCUUCUCUCCUGUCCACCCACCUCUCUCUCUCUCCCUCUCUCUCUCUCCGUCUUUCUUUCUCUUUCUCUCUGUCUACUGCUCUCUCUCUCUCUCUCUCUCUCUCUUUCUAUCUCUCUUUUCCUCUGUUUAUCUAUUCUCCUCUCAUCUUCCACCCCCGCCCCCCCCCCCCCCCCCCCCUUUCCCUUCUCUCUCUGCGGAGUGCAGCAGACUACCCCAUUGCCUCAGACAGCAGCAGCUCUGUCCCUCCUGCAGGCGGACGAGCUCCAGGCUGGAUCCUAUGCAGGCAUUUUCCCCUGCUCCACAUCUGCACAGUCGAUCUCCACACACUGGAGGGACAAGGGCCAGUGGACCUGCGGCACCUCUCGCCAUGGCUUGCCGGAGCCUCAUCAUAUUGAUGAGCGGAUGGGCGUCGGAAUGGAAGGAUCUGCGAAGGUUUGGGGGGUGACUGAGGAUUUAUUUGCUUGUGGUUCACAUGUACAGAUUUCACAGUGGUUCGGAUGUACAGUUUGGACAGUAUGCAUUUGAUCUGUCUAUCCACUAACUGAAAAAAAAAAAACAGCAGCAGCAGUAGUAGUAGUAGUAGUAGUAGUUCCUGAAGGCCUUGAAUUGUUUUGAGAGGAAGAGGAUCAGCCGGUUCUCAGAUCAUCAUUUUUAAACAUCAUUUCACAUUUCGUUUUUUUCCAUGGAGUAAUAGCUGAGCUUUUUAUCUUUUAUAAAGACAACCUUUUUCUAGCUGUUCUCAGUCUGUUAAGAGAUUAUCUGCCCUCUGACACUUUGGACACUUUCCGUUCUUUUCGUUUCAUUUCAAAGUCCCGUUUGGUCCACUCACACCCUUCAAAAGCAUCCUUGACUAAAAGUGACCUCAAACGACCCUGGGUCACUGAUCUGAAAGGCGUUUCUUGGUUGCUUGGUACACUACUAAAUUAUUAUUUCCCUAUCAUAGUAAUGCAGUGGGCAAUCAUUUAGCCAUUCAGAUUUUAACUGACUGAUUUCCUGAUUUAGUUUGACCUCAGCAUUCAGUCAAUCUGGACAAGCAGACCGGUUUGAGAUUAGAAAUGGUAGUUCCUACUACUACUGCAGCCUAUGGAUGAAUGGCUCACCCCAGCUACCCCAUCCCCAUCCCUCUUUAACUGUGUUUACAAUAGAAGCAUAUCUCAUAUCUGCAACCUAUACUGCCAUUACUUGCUUGUUUGAGAGAGGUGGCAUUAUUACACACAGAGCAGGCUAAUUUCAGUGUUCACAAAUACAAUGGUGUUUGUUCAGUACUUCUUAAAAGAGAGAUAGAUUAAUAAAAGUUGAUCUUAUUUCCUUCAGUGAAGCGUAGCUACCCUUUUUUAAAAAUAUUUCUUUCCUCGGAGCAGUGAGAUGAAUACUCUUUAAAUCCUUGUAUUAUAUUGUACUCCUCAUCUUGUACUACAAAAAAAGCCUUUGAUGUGAAAAAUAUGUAUUUUAACUACAAAACCAGUACUAAAAAAAAGACAAAAAAAAUUACUUGUAGGAGUAUUAUCGGGUUUAAGAAGAUGUUGAGAUCUAUAUGUAUAUUACUGAGCAAGCAGCCUUGAGGUGUUGUAAAGAUAAUCUUCUUUAUUUUGUACUUUUUCUGGGCAAACUAUAGAUUUGUCACUGUUUAUACGUGUGUACGUGUUUGUUGUCGUCUUUCUUUUUUUUUUUGUCUAACACAUUCUCUACAUUCUGCUCUGCAGCAGAAACACAGGACCGUUCCUUUGGGCACAGGGCUCAGAUAUGAAUGUAAGGCAUUCGUCUUUGUUAAAGGGCCGGAAUUCUUCAGCACUUUUCUGUAUUUCUUUCUUUUUUCUCUCCUCCUUUCUUUCUCUCUCUCUCUCUCUCUUGCUCUCUCUCUCUCUCUCCCAUCAAUAUGAAUAUGACUAUUUAAAUACGUUAGCAGGGGUUGUACAUUGAUCAAAAUGGCUUAUUUAGGUCAAUGUGAAGUGGUAGAUUUCCAUCUACAGUACAAAUGUUUACACUCUGGCUUUUUUUUUUUUUUUUAAAGAUGUUAUUUAGGAGAUUGCCCGCACAAGCGCUACUUGCUUCAUUGUUUGUGUUCCGUUUGUUUCCAUUCUGUUUUCUGUUGCCCACCAUUUUGGCCGGGACCUGGUUCCGGUCAUACUAAAUGAUAACAAGUAUGUGUUGUGAGGGCCCCUGAAUUGAACAUCUAUGCUAAAAUUGUUACAAAAAAUGUUGAAAGAAAUGCACAUUUGUUAAGGUCCUGAAAUAUGAGUCCGCACGCAGGCCAUUGGCUAAAGGAACCGUUACAAUCGUGAUGUGUAUGUGCACUGCAGUUAAGCCUCUAAAUUCUGAAGUUGAUGUCCUGACAUCAACCCCUCAGAUUUGAUCUUGUAAAAUUCAUAUUACAUUCUAAUCAGGAUAUUGAAGUGUAAUCUGUUUGAAUGAGAAGGUGAAGGGCCUUUUUGAUAAUAAUUAAAGCAGACCUAAAAAUAUACAGAACAGCUGUGAUUUACUUUCAGGAUAUUUCUGAUCAUUUGGAUACAGGAGCGAAGCUGCAAUGUCCUAACCGAUCUCUCAGCACAGAGGAGAUCAAGCGAGAGGUCACGUUUUUGGCAUGCUCCCUCUCAAGACAGUUGUUUUGCCCGGACCCAAUUCCUCUCAGUCAUUAGUACAUUACGUGCAGAUUUGUAAAAAAAUUAUAUGCAAACAAUUGAUCCGUGCAGACGCAUCUAGAUAGUCCAUUACUCAUCUUGCUUACCAUCAAGCGACAUUUUUUUUCACAUUCAUUUUCUUGUUUGUUAUCGUAGCGCAGUGUAGAUGGACAUGAAAGCAGAUUAAUCGGUAUGGCAUUUUUUUUUUUUUUACCUCAUAUGCUCUCGAUUUAGACAGAAGUGCAGUCACGAUGGAAAUGGGCCGAGAACAAAAUGCUCUUUUAACAUUCAUAUCUUAACCACGUGUACCAUAUAUGUUUGUGGAACCACACACUACAUAUCCACUUGUGAACAAUACACUCGUCAGGUGCUUCAAUGCGCCAGUGAGAGCGCUGUGGUCUCUGUGUAAACAUCAGGUAGCUCUGCCCCACCACACUAAGGGUACCCCCUUGAAGUGGAAACGUGAUUCAGCCCAUCCCAAAGCCAAUACUGUAAAAUCUUUCGGAGCGUCGCGCAAGUGAGCUCCUGCGCCUAAACCGCUUUGCACAGAUGAGACCUCAAAUUAACCUGCACCCCUUUUUGAGUGGUUUGGUUUCUAUGAGUAGGGAAGUCCUUUUCUUUAUGCUCAGUUGUGUUGAUCUCUGCCCCUCUCCCCUGUGUUGGUUGUUAGUGGCUUUAAGUGGUUAGUGCAUCGUUGUUCUAUCAUUUCGCCCCCUUCCUUGAGGAAGCACCUAGACCUGUUUAUGUCCCGGUCAGUCAGUUUGUCUUUGGUAGGGAAUAGGAAUGGAGUGGUUUUUUUUUUUUUUAACCUGUGAACAUAUUGUUGUUUCUUUAUUCAUACUGAUAUGAGUCAAAAGAGCUUCAACCAAGAGCUAAGGAGUUGGGAGAUUUGAUAUGGGAUUUAAGGGCCUCUGAAUGCUAGGGAGUGGUUGAAUUGCCCUGCCAACAAACGACCUCUCUGUCGCGCCACUAAUUUAGAUUGGGCCGUGCAGUCAACCUCUUUAUGGGGAAAUGCCUCUUCUGACCAUUCAAAAAAAAAAGAAAAAAUCUGUGUACAUUGUGUCUUUGCUUUGAGCUUCAGCAAUAAAAGUAAAACAAAAAAAUAAAACAAUAAUAAAAAAAAGUUCAAAGCAGCUAACUGCUGAAACAUGUCGUUAUGUAAAAGUUUAUGUACAAUUGUCAUAUCAAAUGUAUUUGAGAAUUACAUUAAAUUUUUUAACAGUA